CAGGAACAGUAUUUUGAAAACCUGUCAAGAAGAAAAGUAGUCAUGGAGAAGCAUGCAAACCAAAGAAAACUUCGUGUAUGCGUGGCCACCUGCAACAGGGCCGAUUACUCCAAGUUGGCUCCUAUUAUGUUUGGUAUUAAAGCAGAACCAGAACACUUUGAGCUGAGCGUAGUGGUUAUAGGUUCUCACCUGAUUGAUGACUAUGGGAAUACCUACCGUAUGAUUGAGCAGGAUGAUUUUGAUAUACAAGCAAGACUUCAUACAAUUGUGAGGGGGGAGGAUGAAGCUGCCAUGGUGGAAUCAGUAGGACUUGCUUUGGUGAAACUGCCAGAUGUUUUAAACCGACUUAAACCAGACAUAAUAGUUGUCCAUGGAGAUCGAUUUGAUGCCUUGGCAUUGGCAACAACUGCAGCAUUGAUGAACAUACGAAUCCUUCACAUAGAGGGAGGUGAAGUCAGUGGGACCAUAGAUGACUCAAUCAGACAUUCCAUCACUAAAUUAGCCCAUUACCACGUGUGCUGCACACGGAGUGCAGAACAGCAUCUCAUCGCUAUGUGCGAGGACCAUGACCGCAUCCUCCUGGCAGGGUGCCCCUCUUAUGACAAGCUUCUUAAUGUGAAAAACAAGGACUAUAUGAGUGUUAUCAAGAUGUGGCUUGGUGAUGAUGUGAAACCUGGUGAUUACAUUGUAGCACUUCAGCAUCCAGUGACCACAGACAUCAAGCAUUCAGUUAAGAUGUUUGAAUUUACACUAGAUGCACUUAUCUCAUUCAACAAGCGAACCUUGGUGCUGUUCCCAAAUAUUGAUGCAGGAAGUAAAGAAAUGGUGAGAGUGAUGAGGAAGAAAGGUGUGGAGCACCAUCCCAACUUCAGAGCAGUGAAGCAUGUCCCAUUUGAGCAGUUUAUACAAUUAGUUGCUCAUGCAGGAUGCAUGAUUGGGAACAGCAGUUGUGGUGUGCGAGAGGCUGGAGCUUUUGGAACACCGGUCAUCAAUUUAGGCACACGUCAGACAGGAAGAGAAACGGGUGAGAAUGUUCUGCAUGUUCGAGAUGCGGACACAGAGAAUAAAAUAAUUCACGCACUUCAACUUCAGUUUGGAAAACGUUAUCCAUGCUCCAAAAUUUAUGGUGAUGGAAAUUCAGUACCGAGAAUCGUGAAGUUUCUUAAAUCAAUAGGUUUAUCAGAGCCUCUGCAGAAGAAGUUCUGCUUUCCUCCAGUUAAGGAGAGUAUCUCUCAAGAUAUAGAUCACAUCUUGGAAACACUAAGUGCCUUGGCUGUUGACUUGGGAGGAACAAAUCUCAGGAUAGCGAUUGUCAGUAUGAAGGGUGAGAUAAUUAAGAAAUAUGCACAGCCCAAUCCUAAAACAUACGAGGAUAGAAUUGAGUUAAUUUUAAAGAUGUGUGUCGAAGCAGCUUCAGAAGCCGUCACACUGAACUGCAGAAUACUAGGAGUGGGUAUUUCAACAGGUGGACGUGUAAACCCUCAUGAAGGUGUUGUACUUCAUUCCACAAAACUGAUUCAAGAAUGGAGCUCUGUUGAUCUGCGAACCCCUUUGUCAGAUACACUGCAUCUUUUCUUCCAGUGUGGGUAGAUAAUGAUGGCAACUGUGCUGCAUUAGCAGAAAGAAAGUUUGGCCAAGGCAAAGGAGUAGAAGAUUUUGUGUCCAUCGUUACUGGAACAGGUAUUGGAGGAGGAGUGAUUCAUCAUAAUGAACUUGUACAUGGAAGUUCAUAUUGUGCUGGUGAGCUGGGUCACAUCAUGGUGUCAUUUGAUGGACCAGAGUGUAUGUGUGGGAGCCGUGGCUGCAUAGAAGCAUAUGCUUCAGGAAUUUCCCUGCAGAGAGAAGCAAAGAAGCUGCAUGAUGAGGACUCUCUUUUAGUAGAAGGCAUGUCCUUGAAGAAUGCUGAAUCUGUUACAGCCAUUCAUCUUAUUCAAGCAGCGAAGCUUGGCAACAUUAAAGCCAGCAAUAUUCUCAAAACAGCUGGUACAGCUCUUGGCAUCGGGAUUGUGAACAUCCUGCAUACUAUAAACCCUUCACUAGUUAUACUUUCCGGGGUUCUUGCCAACCAGUACAUCAAUGUGGUGAAAGAAGUGAUACGCCAAAGAGGCCUGGCAUCAGUCCAAAACGUAGAUGUGGUUGUGUCUAAUUUAUCAGACCCUGCCCUUCUGGGGGCAGCAAGUAUGGUGCUGGAUUAUACCACCCGAAGGACAUACUAA